AUGGUACCAGAAGAUGGCCGCCGUGGAGGUAGAGGGGACCUCAAGCCCAUGAAGGUAUCGGCUGUGUCUCAACACCAGGAGAGGCUGUGUCUGGGCGAGUUGACCUUUCACCUGAUGAAGGCUUCAGGGAAGAUGUUUAAUAACGGGUCCAUGGAGGUCUCUACCAUCCUCACAGCCUGCACCCUGGACGACAUGAGGACAGGGGUACAGAGAGUUACCUAUAGGAUGCUGGGUAAGCGUGACGAGGCGAGCGAGGAAGCCAUGAUAGACGUGGCGUACACGCAGAGCGCCGGCGAGCGCCAGGUGGUGGCGGUGGUACAGAAGCUCUAUCUGUGCGCCAGCGUUGAGUUUCUCAUGGCAGUGGCAGACUUCUUCAUCCAGGCCCUGCCCCAGAGCUCUGCCCAGGACGUGCCCACUAACACCAAGCUAGCCCUGCCAGGCCUGGCCAAGACCUCCCAGCUACCCCUCAAACAGCUGGCCGAGCUUCGGGAUAGAGCCAACACUGACCCCAGAACAGGCUCCAGUCCCAGGACCAAGCUGCGUGCCGUCAUCCUAGACCCAGAGGUGGUGUUUGUGGCGAACCUGAUGAGAGCCGACGCUCCGGCACUGGUAGCCUCCUUCCAAUGUGACUUCAGUCUGAUGCUAGAGCCUGGGGGAGGGCCCCCUGGGGGAGGACAAAGCAUGACGGCCAACCUCAGAGAGCUCAAAGUUCUGGCCUGUCCCUUCAUCAGGACCAAUGAGACCAAGGUGGUCACCACGGUGCUACGUCCGUGUUCUGUCUUCCUGGAAACCAAAACCCGCCCCAACCAACCCCUUUCCGGCCGUGUGUCUGUGGAGGAAGUCAUUAUCAAAAUCUCCCCUGUCAUCCUGAACACAGUGAUGACCAUCACGGCAGCCAUGACGGCGAAACCCAAAGACGAGGCAGCAGAGGAGGAGAAGACUGAGGUCGGCAACCUGUGGUCCACCAUGAACAUCUACGCCUGCAGGGUUCCUGGGAGUGGACUCUGA